UAUUUACUUAGUAACAUUUGACUUAUUUAUUUUCAACAUUAUCUCAAAAUGAAUCGUGGUGAAUCCAGAAAGCCACGGCGAGUUCCGAGAGACUGGCGUUACCCAGUUAAGUCAUAUGCAGAGCUUACUCUAAGUCAACAAAACCAGCAACCGAGGUUAUCACAGGUUAUCGUAACCAAAGAACCUGACAUCCACUUUCUGGAUGAGGAAACUGUUGAGGGUGUCAGUCUCGUUACAGAUUCUCAACUUGUUCGCUAGAUGCAGGUUCUGCUAGGAAAUUAUGUUGGAGUUCGUGUGUUUGAGCACACAUUCUUCCCAGCCUUGUGGGCCAUUCCAUUAUCCAUGGAAAACAUCCAUCAGGUCCACUCGAAGUCUCAUUUUAUGCGAGAUUUUAUGACGCCUAAGCCAUCCGGACCACGUUUUCUACUUUACAUCGACUCUUCCGGCCAAACUUACUUGGAGAACAUGACUCAAUAUUUCUUCCGCGUGGACACUGAUCGUGCCGUUCAAUUCAUCUCCAUCGAAGGUCGACCAAUUACCGACACUGUGCUCGAUGGCAUCUUUACCAGGGAAAAGGAUGCUGAAAAUAAUGCUGGAAAACUGACGUUUGUCAUCUGCGAUGCUGUCCGAUGCAACGGUCAAGACAUCACGAAAAUGAACGUUUUCCAACGCAUCGCUUUUGUCAAAGAAAAUGUGAUGGAGCCGAGAUUGGAUGCGGUGGAGCACCAAACGAUAUCCAUUAAGAACGAGGUGUUUAAUUUGGAUAUAGUGGACUGCCUGGACUGUAAUUCAGCUGAUUUUCUGGAUACAGAAUUCGAAAAUGGAUUUAAAUAUCCACUUCGUUCUUUAGUCUUCUUCCCAAGAAACCAGGAAUACGUCGGUGGGACGUGUAAACAUGUUUUACAGUGGACAGAAAAUGAGAAUUAUGAUUGUGUCUUUCGUAUCGUUAUUCAGAAAGGGUCAAAUGGGACUGACACUGCCGGAUUGCAGGCGGUUGGUCCGUAUAAUAAAGAAAUUUAUUUUGCCUCAAUCGACAUGACGGAUGUUAUCCAACAACUUGAUCUUCGCAUCGUUGAGUGUCGCUUCGUAAACGGAAAAUGGAUUUUGGUCAGAAUCAGGAACGAUCGCCCGCAUCCCCACAGCAGACGUGCCAUUAUAAACAAAACGAACAUGCUGAAAAAUCCCGUGACGCGGGAAAUUUUGAAGACAAGUUUAGACAAGUCGAAAGGAAAAAUCCAAUAAAUUUUGAUAAAUUCCACACUAUUUGGUCAGCUCUGAAUGUGUCACCCAGAAUCAAAAUCAAAUGCUCCAACCUUUUUC